AUGGAGGACUUGAAAACACCGGACCGACUUUUCCACAAGUCCUCAUUCAGCAUCAGCAGCCUGUUGUUGAGACGAGAAGGAGUGAUGAGUGACCAGGAGUCUCCUUCUCCGUCCCAGAAACUGCGCUCCGCACAUCAAGGGAAAUCCAAUCAGGAGGAAAACUUUGACAGUGAGAAGAACUCCGAAACCCCAAAACUGUGCACUAAAGCAGAGACCAAGGCGGUGACUGCAAAUGGAAAACGAGAAGGAAAUAAAGGAGAGUCGAAGAAAAGCGUUGGAUCAGAAGAAAGCGUCAAACCUGAGAAACCUCCUUUCAGUUAUAAUGCGCUCAUCAUGAUGGCAAUCCGCCAGAGCCCGGAACGACGGCUCACACUCAACGGCAUCUAUGAGUUUAUCAUGGACAACUUUCCAUACUACCGACAGAACAGACAAGGAUGGCAAAAUUCAAUCAGGCACAACUUGAGUCUUAAUAAGUGUUUUGUGAAAGUGCCGCGCCACUAUGAUGACCCGGGGAAAGGCAACUACUGGAUGCUGGACCCCUGCAGCGAGGACGUCUUCAUAGGUGGCACAUCAGGGAAGCUCCGGCGCAGGGCCGCAGCUGGCUCCAGGACCAAGCUGGCGCUGAAAAGGGGAGGAGGUCGCCUGAUGUCCUCCAGCACUGCAACCAGUGUGACUUUGGCCGCUGCGGGUUCGUUUUACUGGCCGGUGCCGCCGUUUCUGCCUCUCCAAACACCAGUGCGCACCCACCUUGGCACAGGGACUUAUCUGAGCGCUCACCCCCGCUUUCCAAACCACGCCACAUCCAUGGUGUCACAGCGGUCCCGGCUGAGCGCAACAAGUGCUGCAGACGCGGACCGGUUCGUGCAGACGCACCAGGAGAUGUCUUACAUUGGACUCAGUUGCGCGCAAUCCCGACGCCAUCAGAUUGGCACCGCCUGCACCGCUUUCUCCACAGCCAUCCCCGCGUGCACCUUGCCGCUGUCGGAUCCCUACUCUUUUAACAUGAUCUCCGGACAAGCCAGCUACUUUUACUCUCACCAAAUACCAUGUGCCGCAACGUUUAGUCCGUGCCAAGAGGAGUGCGCCACGUCUAAGGCGUCUCCGGGACAAUUUUUAUCCAAGAACGGCCACUCAGACCUCGGGGGAUUCUGUAAUGACUUUCCAAAUUACUGCCCUCAAGUCAGCUCAAGCCCUCCUUCGUCCUGGAAUAUAGAAAAGUAG